UCACGGUCCCAUGGGAUCGCCUGGUUCUUUAGUAGAAAGUGUGCCUCGGGCGAGUUGAAAAGAACCCUUUGUAGUCUUUGUUGGUUAUGAUUAUUUGUUUACAAUACGAACAAACAUCGCGUUCCAUUGACUGACCAAAACCUGUUAUCAAAAUUCAUACUCCUUUGACCUGUGGUGUCUGGUGUGAUUCUACGUGGAUGCUUUGUGGCGCUUAAAACAGACCUUGACUCAAAGACAUUUGGUGAAUGAAUAGACGCAUAGCUGUUCCUUGCUUUUAGUAAGUCAAGCCGAAUUCACUCAAGAGAUUAGCCAAAGGAUUUCGUGUUAUAAAAGAUCUUCACAAGUCAAAAUAAUGUUGACUUKCAUGUCUUGGUAACUGUCAUUAGAAGUGAUCUCGUAAGUCAUUGUCAAACCUUUAGUCAAUUUGGUACGUCGYUCCUAAUAUUGGAAGCUUUGAUCAACGAUGUUACAAGGUAAUUGAUCAAUCGCCGUGCAUUGGAACGUUUCGAAGAGAUGAUCGUGGUUACCAUGGAAUCAAGACUGUAACUCCACUUAAGACCUCUACAUUAGUAUCAGUAGAUUAUCGAACAAAGCAGACUGAAAUGAUAUAUCAUAUAUCAUCCAUGAGMUAAUUCUUGAGUUAAUUGCUAAAAGAAGUUAAAGUUAUACACCUCAAACCAUCACAGAACUGCUAACGCUUCUAAAAGCAAGUAUCGGAAAUGAUGGCUUACGAUAAAUCAAUUAUCAACAUCGACAUCAACUUUGAUAAUGAACCUUUCAUGGCAAGUCAGCCUAGUAAACCAAAGUUUGUCAAAAAGAUCCCAAAAGAUCGAAUUACAGUGAUACAACCAAGUGUAGAAUCCACAAAAACUGAGUCUGAUAUUGAGAAAAGAGUUAAUGAAGUGCAAAGGUUUCGCCGAGAGAGUCAGAGUGCCUUAAAUGCACCUUUACUUGUGAAAGCAUUGAUAAAGAAGACAUACUGCAAGCUUGAUACAAUCGCGGGCCGAUCUUCUUCUGUGGCGUUAGAGCCGUAUGAAAAGUUCCAGUGGGCAGCUCGAGUUGUACACGUUUUGGUGUCAUCAUGUAUGAGGUGGAGACGGUACAAGAAAGCGUCCUCUAAAGAAACAGCGACAGGAAACCGCAGUACUUCUGAUAAACGAAAGCAAAGUGGAAUAGGGUUUGAUUCCAAGACUUUCAAAGAAAAAAGCAAGCUAUCUGAAGAACUGAGAAAAAUCUUAACAUCAAUACCAAAAAACAGAACUAACGAGCAACUUAAAAAGGUUCAAAGAAUGUGCCGUAGUACACGYGCAUUUAUGAUCUUUCCUUUAGAGAGAGAAAUGGAUUUAGCAAGAUACGUGGCCUAUGAAAGAUACGAUAAUGGUCGUGUUAUUGCGUGCCAGGGACGAAUUCCAGAGCGUUUCUACUACUUACUGUCAGGGCGAAUCAGCAAGAUUUGCUCCUAUAACCUGGCUGCAGGGGUUACUAAAAUGUCAUUUGGAGAAUUGAUGCAAGGAGCUACAACAGAUCCCCAUGAAUUAAGCCAAGGGGAGCUGAGAGAAUACUCGUUGACUUGCAAAGGUCCAGUGGARGUCCUGGUUCUUGACAGAGAGGACUUCAUUGAUCUUAUGAAUUCGAGCCCUGAUCAAAGUUUACCUACGGACUUUCUAAGGUCUAUCGAAUUGUUUCGUUCUUUUCCAAUGGAAAAGUUUAAAGAAGAAAAAGACGCAAUCACAACAAAAUACUUUGCACGCGACUCAGUUAUUGUCAAAGACAGCAGUGAAAGUCCUUACUUCUACAUAGUCAAGUCGGGUCGAUGUAAAGUCGUUCGGCAGCAAGAUGUUUUAGAUGUUACAAAAGCUUCAAAGUUACCAAGCAUCAGUGCUGUCUCUAAACCGCCCUCACGAGCAGCGCCAGGGAAGAAUCCAACAAGUUUAUUAGAAAUAACGCGAUCGCUAUCCGCUCAGUCUAAAAGUCCAUUUCUUGAAAAGACGAGGCAUUUAAAACGACGAAAUAAAUCCACGACCGAAAUWGACGGUGAUGGUUUAAUCACAGAUAACGACGAUGAACGAGAAGCAAAAAGACAAGAGGAACUACGAAAAAKACUAAUGGAACCUGCUUGCGAGAACGAACUUUUUAAACGAACUUCAGAGUUGGAGUUAAUACGAAAAGCGCCAUCUGAUAAACACUCUGAUCAACACAACAAGAAAACAACAGAACAAGUAGUUAUCCCGACAAGAAAAGCRUUGUUGCAAAUAGCAACUCUGAAACCUGGGGAUUUAUUUGGUUUAGAAUCUAUGAUGCCUAAAGUAGCCAACAAAAUUAGCGCCGAGAUAAUCGAAGAAAAACCGGAUCCUUCAGCACGAAGUAUUAUAUUGAUAAGUGAGGGCGCAGAAUGUGUCAUGAUAAAUAAAAGAUUUUUUCUUCUCAACGCAAGCAUCACAACACURGUWCAACUAAAAGCAUUGCGCGAGGAAUAUAUUACUGUUGAACAAGCUCGAAAGCAAAUUCAAAGUCAACAAGCAUGGAAUAUCUAUAAAACAGACAUAAUYCAGAACCUUGCAUGGAAAUCAAAACGGGGAAAAUGACAGCAUUAUGUCGUUCACUACCAUGAACACGAUAUGAAUCAACAUUAAAAGUAUUUUUUACAAUUUCUUAAGGUAGUUUCUAUCUAUAAAAUGAUGUCUUUAUCCCUUCAAAAUUAAUAUUACAGUAUUCGCCUUUUUACAUUUAAACAGAGAGAAAAUUUGAAGUAAAGGUGUUUUAAAGGGUCAAAGUCAACUAACAUGCUCUGCUGUCGUGCUUCGGUUUAUUCAUAAACGAAAAACAAAAUGAGGUUUUCAAUCUCGUACCCAGAGCCCGCGUAACUUUUGGUCUGCGACAAGAAGAUACGCAGGCGCUAGAGAACGCAUUGUGAGGUUUUGAAAUAUGUAUUUAAUUAUUCAAGUAUUUCGAUCCAGAGAACGUUUCGAUAUUUGUAAAAUUAUAUUUUAAAUCAUCAAUAUAUGCUUUAAUUUUAAAAACGUUGUCGAUGGCCUUUGGAUAUACCGGGUUUAAAGAAAGUAAAAACUUAAUCUUAGUUUGUCGCAGCUGUUUUUGUAAUCUUUUAKUUUUUAAAUUAAUAUAUUUUAUCUUUUGGGAGAUAAAAGAGAUGUUYUAAAGUUCAAAUAAAUUAUUAAAGAGUUGAA